AUGCCCCUAAUCCAACUCCACCCUCACCCCUUCACAAUCCUCCCCUCCCACCCAUCCCUUCCCCCUGGCCCCCCACGCCCAGAAGCAAAACACGUCGCCAGCACCGCACUCCAAGAAGCUCUCGAGCUACUAAAUUCCGACCUUCCAACCUGGGAAAAGGACCCCAAACCACGCCGCUCACCCCCAGCAUACGCAGACAUCCGACUCUCUCAAAAAUGGCGCAAAUAUGAACAAAUGCCAGAUCCAAGUUCGAGUUCAAGUUCUCCAUCUCCAUCUCCAUCUCCAUCCACUGGCAACUUGAAGCGAAAGCCUGAAUUCUGGGUCUGUCGUCAAAGUGAACACCCGGACGCAGCUGUCGCUGGUAGCGCGCCGUGGACUGAAUUCGAAGAUGGAUUGCGGUCGGAGCAUGCUGAGCAUGAAAUGGAAUAUACGCCCAGUGUUACUGGUGUUGAGCGGUUACUUCAGUGGACAGAGCAAGAGAUUGGGGAGUUGGAUAUGAAUGGGGUUACGUUUAAGGAUGUUGAUGUUGAGGUCAACCUAAUAACUCACACCUUCCACCCAACAGCCCUAAUAUCCCCCCGCUCCUUCAUCUCAUUCACAAUAUCCGCCACAUACGACGCACACAGCAACGAACCCUCCUACCCAUCAAAAGGUUUCAUAACAGUCCAAAUACCCCUCCACCCAGACCCAACAACCACGCCCACGGCAAUUCACGAAAAGAUCAAAUCGGCCGUACCGAGGCGUACAAUUUUCGCCAAUUAUGCUAGUGUCGAGCGUGUUGCGAAGAAGAAUCGUCCUCCGGUGUCUUCUUCAUCGCAGCAGCAGCAGCACUGGACUAUGGCGACUACCUCUGAUGCUGGUGGGUUGAUUCCGCAGUGGGUGCAGAGGAAUUGGACUCUUGGUGGUGUUCCUCGUGCGGUUGUUGCGGAUGUGGGAUUGUUUAUUGAUUGGAGUACGAAGCGGCGAGCGUUAUCGUAG